GGGGCGAGCAUCGGGGCGAGCCGCCGGGUUUGGAAGGGGCGGGGCUUUCAAGUUUGGAAUCUCACGUUGCAGCAAAUUGUUUGCAACAAGCAACAAAUCUCCAGCAGAGAAAGUCCGCUGACACCCAGACUGAGAAGAUGGCCUCCUCUGAGCUUGCACUCUUGAGUGUGUCGGACAAAAGCGGACUGGUGGAGUUUUCCAGAAGGCUGGUGGAUGUGGGACUGUCUCUGGUGGCUUCAGGGGGCACAGCCAAAGUUCUGCGUGAUGCUGGGCUGGCUGUGAGGGACGUGUCUGAGCUGACUGGACAUCCAGAGAUGCUGGGAGGCAGAGUAAAGACUCUGCAUCCGGCUGUCCACGGAGGCAUCCUGGCCAGAAAAAGCCCCUCAGACUCGGCUGACAUGGAGAAGCUGGGCUACAGCCUGGUUAGAGUGGUGGUGUGUAACCUCUACCCGUUUAUAAAGACCGUGUCUAAUCCAGGCGUCACCGUGGAGGAUGCAGUCGAGCAGAUUGACAUCGGUGGUGUGACUCUGCUGAGAGCAGCAGCUAAGAACCACGCUCGGGUCUCCGUCGUGUGUGAUCCUGCUGACUACUCGCUUGUUGCCAAGGAGAUGGAGAGCUCAGGCGACAAAGACACAACCCUAGAAACACGCAAGACUUUAGCCCUCAAAGCCUUCACACUCACAGCGCAGUAUGACGAGGCCAUAUCCGACUACUUCCGAGGACAGUACAGUCGUGGCGUUUCCCAGCUGCCUCUCCGUUACGGCAUGAACCCCCAUCAGGCCCCUGCCCAGAUCUACACACUGCGCUCGGAGCUUCCUCUCAAAGUGGUCAAUGGUUUUCCCGGCUUCAUCAACCUUUGUGACGCCCUGAACGCUUGGCAGCUGGUCCGAGAGCUGAAAGGCGCCCUCGGCAUGGCUGCUGCUACUUCCUUCAAACACGUCAGCCCCGCUGGAGCUGCAGUCGGAGUCCCCCUGACUGAGGAGGAAGCCAGAGUGUGCAUGGUGCAUGACCUGAUGAAGGACCUCACCCCGCUGGCCACAGCUUACGCAAGAGCAAGAGGCUCGGACAGGAUGUCAUCGUUUGGAGAUUUUAUUGCUCUGUCGGACAUAUGUGAUGUUCCUACUGCUAAGAUCAUAUCCAGAGAGGUGUCUGAUGGCAUCAUUGCUCCAGGUUAUGAGGAGGAGGCGCUCAAAAUCCUUUCCAAAAAGAAAAAUGGCAACUACUGUGUGCUUCAGAUGGAUCCAGAUUACGAGCCUGAUGACUCUGAGGUGAGAGUGCUGUUUGGUCUCUACUUAAAACAAAAGAGGAACGGAGCUCAAAUCAAUAAGGAAUUCUUCAGGAACGUAGUUUCCAAGGGCUCGCUCACUGAGACCGCUUUGCGUGACCUCACAGUGGCCACCAUUGCUGUCAAGUACACUCAGUCCAACUCUGUCUGCUACGCUAAAGAUGGACAGGUUAUUGGGAUUGGAGCGGGUCAGCAGUCCCGUAUCCACUGCAUGCGGCUGGCAGGCGACAAGGCGGAUAACUGGUGGCUGAGGCACCACCCGGUUGUCCUGAACAUGAGGUUUCGCAGUGGAGUGAAGCGAGCAGAGAUGGCCAACGCCAUCGAUCAGUUCGUCAGCGACACCAUCGGAGAGGGUCCAGAUUUAGAUGUGUGGAAGUCCAUGUAUGAGGAGGUUCCAGUUCCCCUGCCAGAAACCGAGAGGAAGAACUGGAUCAGCACCCUGCAGUCUGUCGCCGUUAGCUCCGAUGCUUUCUUCCCCUUCAGAGAUAACAUCGAUCGGGCCAAGCGGAGUGGUGUUGAGUUCAUCGCUGCUCCUGCAGGCUCUGCUGCUGAUGAGGUUGUGAUUAAUGCCUGCAAUGAGAUGGGCAUCACUCUGGUUCACACCGGCCUGCGACUCUUCCAUCACUGAGCAACACUAAAAAUGACACUCAGACAUUCCUACUGUUCUCUUGCUGAAGUGUAGAAAUCCCUGACAUCUGUUUUUGUAGCACGCUACUGAUUUUCUGACCCUGUAUCGUCACACGAGUGAGCAUUAAUGUAGUUGUGAAGGUUUAUCUCCGCUCAAGUGUAAUAAACUAAAGAUCUGCA